GUCACACCACAGCAGCCAUGAGAGGACUCAUUUUAGCCCUCGUUGCAGCCCUUGUGGCAAGUCAACAGAUAAACCCAACACCAGAUUUUAGUACAAGUAAGACCUACGUGUACAAGUAUGAAGCACUGCUCCUUGGCGGACUCCCUAAUGAGGGCUUGGCCAGAGCCGGAGUGAAGAUUGUCAGCAAGGUUCUCAUCAGCGGAAUUGCCCAGAACACCUACCUGCUUCAACUCUCGAACCCCGAGAUCCUGCAAUACAGCGGCAACUGGCCAAAAGAUCAGUUCACCCCGGCCCAAAAGCUCACUGAGGCCCUGUCUGCCCAGCUGCGCACCCCCAUUAAGUUCGAGUAUACCAAUGGUGUGGUGGGUAAGGUGUUUGCCCCUGAGGAAGUGUCUGCAACUGUUCUCAACAUCCACAGAGGAAUCCUCAACAUCAUCCAGCUCAACAUCAAGAGAACACAGAAAGUAUAUGAAUUCCAGGAGGUGAGACAAACCUUGCGGUUUUCUGAGACCCAGAAUGUUCCAGUUCAGCCCAUACAAGCCGACUAUAUCACCCGUGGAUCCCUGCAAUAUGAAUUUGCUACUGAACUUGACCAGAUGCCUAUUCAACUCAUUAAAAUCAAUAAUGCUCAGACCCAGAUUAUGGAAACCUUGACUCAUCUAGCCACAAACAAUGUUGCCCGGGUUCAUGAAGAUGCCCCAUUAAAGUUUGUCCAGCUGGUCCAGCUAUUGCGUGAUGCAGAAACUGAGACUGUUGAGACCAUCUGGGCUCAGAACAAGGCUAAGCCAGCUUACAGACGUUGGAUCCUGGAUGCUGUCCCUGCAAUUGGAGAUGCAGACGCUAUGAAGUUCAUCAAGGAAAAGUUCCUGGCUGGUGAUCUAACCACACCUGAAGUCAUGCAGGCUCUGCUGAGUGCUGUGCACCUGGUGGACGCUGAUCAGGACACCAUAAACUUAGCAAAGGCUCUGGCAUUUCAUCCCAAAGUUCAGCAACACACCAUUGUUAGAGGCACUGCCAUGCUUGUAUACGGUUCCAUGAUAUUUAAGUUUUGUGCUGAAAACCCCAACUGUCCUGCAGAUAUUAUAAAGCCCAAACUGGACAGACUAAACUAUCGUUUCAGUAAAGCCAUCCGUGUGGACUUCUUCAAAAAUGACCUGAUGGCUGGUGCUGCCGCUAGCGCUUUCCUCAUGAAUGAUGCUGCCACCAUUUUGCCCAGAGCGCUUGUGACCAAAAUCCGCGCCUACAUGGUUGGGGCGGUGGCUGAUGUCGUGGAGCUUGGGGCAAGAACAGAAGGAAUUCAGGAGGCCCUUUUGAAAGCACCAGCUGUACCUGCCAAUGCUGACAGAAUCACAAGGAUAAAGCGUGUUCUCAGUACUCUGACAAACUGGAAGGCAUUACCCACAGAUCAACCGUUGGCUACCAUGUACCUGAAACUCUUCGGUCAGGAGAUUGCCUUUGCCAACAUUGACAGGGACCUCAUUGAACAAGCAGUACAGCUGGCCACAGGACCUGCAGCACAGCACGCAAUUGUGAGGAAUGCGCUCAGUGCACUGCAGUCUGGCCUUGCCAUCCAGUGGACAAAAUCCCUGCUGGCCACUGAGGUGCGUCGCAUCUUCCCCACCUGUGUUGGUGUCCCCAUGGAGCUGAGUCUGUACACUGCUGCAGUGGCUGUUGCCAAAAUUAAUGCUCAGGCCACCCUGAACCCUCCACCUGCUGAGAACUUCCAUAUUGCUCAGCUCAAGAACACUGACAUUCAGCUGCAAGCCCAUAUUGAGCCAAGUGUUGCAAUGCACACAUUUGCAGUGAUGGGAGUAAACACAGCCUUUAUUCAGGCUGCAGUUGUGCUGAAAGCCAAGGUGCACCACAAUCUUCCUAUGAAAGUCAACGCAAGAAUUAAUAUUGCUGAAGGACACUUCAAGAUUGAGACUCAGCCUAUUCAAGAUCUGGAUAAUGUUUUGGAUUUGGAUGCUGAAGCCUUAGCUGUGGCAAGAAACGUGGAAAAUCUUUCAGCUGCUAAGAAAACUCCAAUCGUACCUGAAGCUUUAGCAGCCCGGAUAUCCAAGGAGAAAUUUACAUCUGCUAAAUCUUCUGACAGUGACUUGUCAAGUUCAUCGGAAAUUAUGUCUUCUGGUGCCACCGAUACGAACCAGCCAAUGGACAUUCGUGUCUCAGCCAGAAUUGACCGGAAACUGUGUAUCACAAUGGAAAGACUUGGUUUAAAGGCUUGUGUUAAGAUAGCUUCCCAGAAUGCUGGCUUCAUGAGAAAUUCCCCUCUUUAUAAGCUUGUUGGAGAUCAUAACAUAACCAUUUCUAUGAAACCUGUUUCAGAUGAAGGCAUUGAGAAAAUACAGGUUGAAAUACAGGUUGGACCCAAGGCUGCAUCAAAGCUCAUUAAAACGGUCACUCUGCCAGAAGAAAACGAAACACCCGUGGUAUCAAAACUGAAGAAAAUCCUGCAGACUGACAUGAGACAGAGACUGAAGAAUUCCACCAGCUCCAGCUCCAGCAGUUCUUCCAGCCGUCGCACAGGCGUGCGAACACGCAAGGGCUCCUCCAGCUCCUCUUCCAGCUCUUCUUCAAGUUCUUCUUCCAGCUCCUCUUCUAGCUCUUCUUCCAGCUCCUCUUCCAGCUCUUCUAAAUACAACCAAAAGGAGCAGCAAACCAGAUCCAAAGCUGCUGACCAAAGACGAUCCUCCUCAAGUUCUGACAGCAGCAGCAGCAGCAGCAGCAGCAGCAGCAGCAGCAGUAGCAGCAGCAGUGGCUCCAGCUUUGAAGACAUUUACAGGAAGUCAAGAUUGCUUGGAGAUUCCAUCCCUCCAGAACUGGCCGUCAUCAUCCGUGCAGUGAGGACUGAUGGUAAAAUGCAGGGAUACCAGGCUGCCGCUUACCUGGACAGGGACACAAACAGGAUGCAGAUCAUCAUGGCCGCUCUAGCCGAGAAUGACAACUGGAAGAUGUGUGCUGAUGGUAUCCUGCUCAGCAUGCACAAAGUCCAGGCAAAGGUUGGCUGGGGAGAACAUUGCCAGCAAUAUAGAGUAGAUAUCGCAGCAGAAACUGGUCUUAUGGGUACAAACCCUGCCGCCCGCUUGAAGCUGAAAUGGGACAAGAUUCCUCGCGCCAUUAAGAAAUCUGCAAAUAUGCUCGCUGAGUACAUCCCAGGUGCCGCUUUCAUGGCUGGGCUAAGAGGUGGAAGGGACAAAAACACAGGGAGACAGAUUAAACUGAUUGUAGCUGUUGCUGCACCCCGGCUACUGAAUGUUAUCAUUAAAACACCAAGGAUGACGUUCUACAAGCUUGCUGUAUAUAAUCCCUUCGCCCUGCCUAUUGGAGAUGCAGCUUCUCAAAUACAGCGGGACCAGAGCAUAUCUGACAGAAUUCUCCAUAUGUUUAAUGAAGCCACUCUAGCCCGCUGCGAUAUGGAAAAUGACAUGCUGACAACAUUCAACAGAAGAAAAAUCAGAAGCGUAAGGCCUGAAUCAUGCUACCAAGUUCUGGCUCAGGACUGCACAACUGAGCACAAGUUUAUGGUUCUGUUAAAAAACAGCAGCUCAUCUGAUCCACACGCCAUUGUCAAGGUUGCUAAUGUAGAUAUUGACCUGUUGAUUGAAGACGACAAAAUUCGGGUGAAUGUCAAUGGAAUGCGAGUCCCCAGAAGCAGCCUCCCAUAUGAACAUCCUUCAGGGUCAAUCCGAGUCGUACUCAAAGGCGAUGGUGUGUCACUAUAUGCUGCUGACCAUGGUCUCCAUGAAUUCUACUUUGAUGAGAACACAUGGAAAAUUCUGCUAGCUGAUUGGAUGAAGGGCAAGGCCUGUGGAGUUUGUGGAAAGGCCGACGGGGAAGUGAAACAGGAAUUCCGCACCCCCAAUGGACGCCUGGCCAGUAGCGCCGUCAGCUUUUCCCACUCCUGGGUUCUUCCUGCAAAAAGUUGCCGGGAUGCUGAGCAGUGCUUCAUGAAGACAGAGUCCAUUCAGCUGGCGAAGCAGAUUAAUCUGAACGGCCAGGAAUCUAAAUGCUACUCCGUUGAGCCUGUGCUGCAGUGUUUACCGGGCUGCAACCCACUAAAAACAACCCCUGUGACUGUUGGCUUCCACUGCCUCCCCAUCGAUUCUAAUGUGAACAGUCUUAGCAGUUUUUGGGAGAAGACCGUGGACCUCAAAGAUAACACUGAAGCUCACGUUGCCUGUCACUGUACCCACCAAUGUGCUUAAUGAUUGUGAACAUCUGCAGUUCUUUAAGUGAAGCUGCAUAUCUAAAUAAUGUAUAAUCUGAAUUUAAUUUUGCAGUUAAUCAGUUUUAAACAGGAUUUGGAGGUAUAGUUGUGGCAGAAUUUUAUCACUGCCAAAUUGCUAAUCGUUUAUUGAUUACGUAAGUUUUAUAAUGUGACCCAGAGGACAUGCUCUUACUUUUGUAAUUCCGCCCCAAACUAAAAUUUGUACUUUUAUUUCAAAUCACAUUUAUAAUCUAUAAUUUCCACAAAUUUCCAUUAUGUAACAAUCUGCAUUAAGAACGGUUGACAAUUCAAGAGAGAGGGUUGAAGAACUUCCAUAAGAUCUUAAUAUUUGAAUAUCACAAAUGGCUGUCAUACGUAUAAAUGAAUAAGCAAAUAGGCAAAAGAAUGAAUGUAUGAAUAAACAUAUGAAUACAUA